AUGAAUGCCGACGACCAGGACGACCAGGACCAACAACCGGACUUUCGUCUCCUGCUGAACACUUCCAGAGGAGACGCCAAAGCAGCCCAUGAUCCAGAGGCUGCCCUCAAAGAGCAAUAUGACGCCUUCUUUCAAGUCAUUUCAGAGGAGCGCCGUCUGCAAGAAAAGACCCUAUCCCGGGCUGUCUAUGAGCCAGAGCUUGGUUUAUUCCGGCUGACGGUCAACAAAGGAAACCACUUUGUCAGCAUGGGUCACACUCGCAAGGGAAACAUCUAUCUCUACCCGGAGGAGGCGCUCUAUCUCGUCGACCGAUCGUCAUUACUGGUGGAGCACAAUGGAGUCGACGUAGAUGUUCAGCAAACAUGGAGUCUUUAUCUCUCUCAACCGCAGGACCAUAGAGGACAGUGGGACAGCACGUGGGCCAUGGAUCGGUACCUGGCCUAUGCCUACCUCAAGCGACUGGGAUAUGUUGUGACACGGCCAAAAACGUAUAACCCUCGCCCAGUAGGCGCCAUUCCCAAGACAGCCUCCACGCCAGCUAGCUCGGCUUUGACUUCGGAUUAUAAAGGCCUGUGGUUGAGCACGUUCUUAUGGAGACUUCUUGUGGACUCGUGGAACGUUGGGACCAGGAUCGUCCUCACAGGGUUUCGGCGAUGGUUUGAACCCCUAAGCGGCCUUUGGAACAACCGAAUGAGUGGGCCACUUGUGGCCAACAACGAACAGCUCUCACAUGAACAAAUCUUGCAGAGGAUCAGGAUUAUACCCACAAGGCGACUUGUUCAGUCGCCUGAAGAAGAAUCAAAACCCUAUAUCGAACAUCGGGUUACAAAGGAUAUUUGGGAGCAAAAGGUUGACUUUGAAGUCUACAAGCCAGCUGGGGCAUUCAAGAAAAGGCAACCUGGCAUCCCCGAUUAUCGAGUCGUUGUCGUCAGUGCGAGGAGCAAGAUACCAACGCUGGAGGAGCUAGGUGAUAUGAUGGAAGGCCUUAUCGACCCCGCACAGAUUGAGCCCUCUUCAACUCCUUCGAACUCGGCAUCCUCACUACCAACCGACAAGGGCAAGAAGAAACAUCAACCCGACUGGCCAAAGGUUCUCUUUGCUGUCGUAGACGGGGGGCAAGUCUCGUUCAUGAGCUUGAGCAACGUGCAAGCGACUCUAUGA